AUGGAUGUAUCUGUAUUCAUGAGAAAUAGGUGCGAGGCAAAAUAUACAGAUGCACCUCUUCCAGUUGUUAAUAAUGCUGCUGAAGGAGGUUAUGUGGAAGAUAGUGAUAAAGAUAAUGAUGAAGAUAGAGAAAAAGAGAGUGACGAAAGCAAUGAGAAUUGCCUCACCACACUGUUAGUCCCUCGACGCCUUGGCUCAAUGGCUCUCGCAUCGCAGGUCACUCUUCUCAACUCUCGCAUGUCAUUGCUCGUAAAUCAUUCUUCUCGGCUUUUGCAACCUUCUCGUAGGUCAAAGCUAAAGAAUCUCGCCAUUCAACAUCCACAUUCUAAGAUUUUUGGCUUCAUGGAUAUACUUGGGCGAGUAACUCUUUCCCAAGUGUCUGAGUAUUCUGAUCAAGUACCUUGCAGUUACUUGGAUCAGUCACCGGUUUGUUGGGAUGAAGUUGGAGAAAGAAGGCUUACUAGACCAGAGUUGAUACAAUUAACUUCAGAGAAGGUUCGACUAAUUCGUGAUCGACUUUUGACUGCUCAAAGUCGACAGAGAAGUUAUGCCGACCCUAAGCGUAAAGAUGUAGAAUUUAUGAUUGGUGAUCAUGUAUUUCUGAGAGUUUCCCCUAUGAAAGGAAUCAUGAGGUUUGGGAAGAAAGGGAAGCUUAGCCCUCGUUUUGUUGGUCCAUUUGAAAUUUUGGAGAGAAUUGGAGCAGUUGCUUACCGUUUAGCCCUUUCACCUGGUUUUGCACAUGUACAUCCAGUUUUUCAUAUUUCUAUGCUUAGGAAGUAUGUACCAGAUCCAUCUCAUAUUUUACAACCUCAAACCAUGCAAAUUAGGAAUGAUAUGUCAUAUGAGGAACAACCAGUAAAGAUUUUAGAUCGACAAAUUAGGAAACUUCAGUCCAAGGAAGUGGCUUUGAUCAAAGUCUUGUGGCAUAAUCACUCAAGUAGUGAGGCCACAUGGGAGGCAGAAUCUGAAAUGCGAGCCAAAUAUCCUCACUUAUUUGAU